AAAACUUAAAAACCGAACGUGGUGUCAUUAAACAAAAGAAACUUUAAGUGCCAAACUUUCUCUGAUCACUAUGGCUUCAAUUCUCAAGCAAACUUAUACUAAACUAGUUAUGGAUCAUUUUAGUUAAGCUCUGUAAAAAAAUUAAAAAAUUAAGUUUUAUUUGUAAUCAUUACAUAUUUUUAUACUUUAUACUUGAACAUUUUAUUUCCUCCACAGAAAACAGUUGCUAUGGUUGAUAAUAAUGCUGUUACUAACAGAAGAGACCAGUCAAACCAUUUGUCACGUCAAAAAAGAGGUCAGUACCGCUGAUGUUGUUUCUUCAGGCUCCGACGUCCUUGUCAAAAUCACGACAGCCAAAAACUCCCUUGACAGAAGCACAACAGAGAACGAUAUACGAACAGAAGACGUUGAACCUUCAUCCAUACAUCAAAGUGCCGCCAGGGAAGCCUUCCUAGGUGGUGAACCUUCAACCAUAAUCCCAAAAGAUAUAAACGAAACAACUGAAAAAAUUCGACCUUCAACAGCAACACCAACUGAUGCCAACGAAACAUCAGAAGACAUUAGACCUUCAACAGCAACACUAACUGACGCCAAUGAAACAUCUUGUAUCCUAACCACGACGGAAAUGUCAAAUGUACCAAAGGGUAUAAGCGAGUAUGUUAGCUACGUCACCACGUUCCUGUUCGUAACGAUGGGCAUCGUUGGCAACGUGCUGACGAUCGUAGUGAUGUUCGGUCGCGAGUUCUCGUCUAUGACAACGAGCACCAUCCUCGUCGCCUUAGCUCUGUCGGACACGGCACUGCUCCUGAUGCAGCCCUUUACAAAGGUGUGGCUCGUCCGAUUCCUUGGCGUGGACGUGCGCGCGCUCAGCGACGUGUCGUGUAAGGUGUUCUUCACCCUCUUCAGGACGUCCAAGAUGUGCUCGUCCUGGUUCGUCGUGCUCGUCUGUCUGGAGCGUCUCAUCGCCGUCUGGCUGCCUAUGAGAGCUCACACCAUCUGCACAAAGCGGAACGCCGUCAUCUCCUUGACCGUGGUGCUCGUAACGAUCAUCACCUUGAACAGCUUCUGGUCUUUCACAUCUAGGGUCGUCGGGAACGUCUGCUUGGUCAGCUACACCUAUCCGGCAAUAGUCCUGAAAUCUAAAAUAUUCGCCUUGACCGGGACACUGGUGUAUGCAGGAAUCCCCACCGUUCUUCUCUGCAUCAUGACCCCAGCCAUUAUUUGUCGCCUGACACUGCAGACCAAAUUACGCCGGAAGUUAUCGGAAACAUCCAUCAGCCAUCACGCGACCAACAACAAAACCUUUGCCAUGCUCCUCAGCGUCAUGGUGGCCUACAUUGUUCUAGCGACGCCUAUCGUCAUCUGCAUGAACAUUGCCCUCAUCAAGGGAGAGAAUCUGUUUCAGUCGAGAGACCGGACGCUGACCGUGAUGCGAGAAAUUGCGCAGCCGCUGGAGCUGUUGAACUACUCGAUAAACUUCCUCCUGUACGUGGCCUGCAGCCGAAUGUUUCGUGGUCGGGUCGCCGAGAUGUUUGGCUGCAAGGUGGCUAGGAAUCUCGGGAGACGCUCAUCAAGUAGAUCUAAUUCAGGGUUGGGGCGAUGUAACCAGGGCCGUAGCAUUAUAGAAAUUUAAAAGAAAAUUCUCUUCUUAAUUGUUUAAGGAGUUUUAGACUAUUAACUACUCAGCUGUCUUUCUCUGUUUGUUUAAUGCACCAAUAAUGUCAGCUACCCUCAAAUAUCAGGAGUGCAACAUAUGCAUCUUUUGAGUAUUCUCGCCUAUUGUAAUGUUUGAUCUAUCAAAUUUUCCUCUAUGUCUAUGACUGUGGUAGCCUGAGGUGGAGGAUCAUCAUCAACAUUUUUUAUUCCUGCUUCGUGAGUCCAUAGAUCCCAUAUAUUGUCAUGUUAGGAGCGCGACAUGGCCAUGCACGUGCAGCAGGAGCGAGCAGUGACUUUCGUUAUUCAGUAUGCCACACGCAUUUUUGUGACCAAGUGUAGUUGCUUAUUUGCGGUUUUACUAUGGACCUGAAACUUGAGCAGAAAUUAUGUGUGAAACUCGGGAAAUCAGCAACGGAGACUCUCGAAAUGCAAGCAAGCCUACGGCAACGAAGCAAUGAGCCGGGCGAGGUGUUUUGAGUGGCAUUUUCGCUUUAAGAGGGGCAUAACGUCACUGGAGGAUGCCGAGAGGUCAGAUCGACCCUCCACGAGCACAACCCCCGAAAAUGUCGAAGAAAUUGAACGAAUUGUGCAUCAGGAUCGUCGGAUCACCAUCAAUGAAGUUGCUGAGGCAUCGGAGGGAGGAUAUUCGGCGCAGACGACCUCAACUGUGGCGCGUUGGCAAUUGGGUGCUCCAUCAUGACAACACGCCCCCUCACAAAGCAUUGAAAACAAGGGAGUUUUUCGCCCGGACCAACAUUAUCGUCACUUCUCAUCUGAUAAAGAGCAGAAUCAGACGAGAUAUAUGUAUUGGUUUUAUUGUUUCUUAACAUGCAAACCUGAUGUGUUCAUUGAACUUUGGCUUCAUGUUCUCUUUCAGACAAGCUUCAAGUUUGUUCAUAAUGUUUUUAAAUAUUUAUUUAAUACACGUUUCCAUAAUAAAUGUCACUAUACCAUUCAUUGUGAAUGGUAUUCCAUAAAGCUGAAUAUGUUGUGGCUUAUAUCUAAGUUCGUUUUUGGAAACAAAAAAGUUUGUUUUGUUUAACGACACAUUGAUUAAUUAAUCAUCGGCUAUUAGAUGUCAAACAUUUGGUAAUUCUGACAUAUAGGUUUAGAGGGAAAACCCGCUGCAUUUUCCCAUUAAUAUC